AUGAGUAGUGCCACCGCCACUAUGGCCGACGAGGCCGGGAAACGCAAGGCAUCGGUUGCCGGUCUCUCCACCCAUAACCGCCCUGUCAAACGCCGGGCCUCCAAGGCCUGUUGCUGCUGUCGAGCCCGCAAAGUGCGCUGCGACGUCGUCGAGAAUGGCUCGCCCUGCACCAAUUGCCGCCUCGAUCAGGUCGAGUGUGUUGUGACGGAAAGCAAGCGGAGAAAGAAGUCGCGUGUCGAGGCGGAGAUCAACCAAACCUCCGAGUCGCCCGGCGAGGCCUCUGAAGACAACCCGUUGCAUGGCCUGUCGGGCCUGUCAGGCUUGUCAGAUAUGGCGGCGCCCACGUCGCCCUCCCAGAACUCGGUCGACGUGGACCACAGCCAGCAUAUGCCGCAUCUGCUCUGUUCGUAUUUGUCCGGAGAGAAGGAGAGAAAAUUUCCCGUCUCUAAUGCUUCCCUUCCUUGCUCAGAUCAAACCCAGGCGCAUCGCAUUGGCUCAGAUGACUGCUACCGUCGCCGAAUGGCCCCGAACCCAGCCGUCCCCUCAACGAUGCCCCUCGCCCAUGCCACCUUGCAAAUCCAGCAAUUGCUGGACCCGACCUUUGCCAACACCCGCUCGGCUAAUAGCUUUCUGCCAGACUAUAUCCGCGGCCUUCCUGCUCGCCUCCAGAAAGAAGACAUCGACUAUCUGGCGGCCAAGGGAGCUCUCACUAUCCCCGACGUGAGUCUGCGGAAUGAACUGCUCAAAAGUUAUAUCCAUUAUGUGCAUACCUAUAUGCCCUUGCUGGAUCUGGAAGAAUUCCUGCAGACAAUCGUACAGAAUGACGGCAUCCACCGCAUCAGUCUUCUGCUCUUCCAGGCCGUCAUGUUCGCCGGCAUGGCCUUUAUUGACAUAAAGCAUCUCCAGGCGGCGGGCUAUCAAACCCGCAAAGCGGCUCGCAAGAUCUUUUUCCAGCGUGCACGUCUCCUUUACGACUUUGACUACGAGGUGGACCGCAUCUCCCUGGUCCAGUCGUUACUCCUGAUGACCUACUGGUACGAGACCCCGGACGACCAGAAGGACACCUGGCAUUGGAUGGGUGUCAGUCUGUCGCUGGCCCACACCAUCGGCCUGCACCGAGACCCCGGCAAUUCACGUAUGGAUCUCCGCCGCCAACGGAUGUGGAAACGCAUUUGGUGGAGCACGUAUACUCGAGAUCGACUCAUUGCCCUUGGCAUGCGACGCCCGAUGCGUGUCAAGGACGAUGACUGCGAUGUGCCCAUGCUCACUCUGGACGAUUUCGAAUUUCACUCCUUCUCGCCUGAGAUCGUCAAGAUGGUCGGGGAUUCAGAAAUCUUGCAGAACGUGAGCCAUCAGCGCGAGCUGGCGUUGAUGUUCAUCGAAAAGGCCAAGCUCUGUCUCUGUGUGAGCCAUGUUCUCUCGGCGCAAUAUUCGGUCUUGAGCCACAAGUUUGGCGGCACCAUGGAAACCACCAUGAUGCUUGUGCCGAAGAAAUCGACGGCGGAAUCCUUCGAAGUGCGCCGCUGCGAUCAGGAGCUGGAGGACUGGCUGGCCAACCUCCCGGUGGAAACGCAAUAUACUCCCUCCGGGGUGUCCAAACUGCCCGAGGCUAAUGAAGUGCUACAUUCGCAUCGUGCUCUGCUGAAGAUGGUCUAUCUCACGACGUCGAGCGCUCUGCAUCGCCCCCAGGUCCUUCCCGCAGUCCCCUAUCCGUCCAUGGACUCGGAGCUGCAAGAGAUGUCGCGCAACAAGGUGCGCUUCGCUGCUAUUGAGAUCACCAGCAUUGCGCAGGACUUGCACGUCCUAGACCUGACCCGUUACUAUCCCACCACUGGAGUGACGGUUCUUCUACCCGCGGUGAUAAUUCACUUGCUCGAUAUCAAGUCCAGCGAUCCCAGUGUGCGGAUGACCAGCCUCCAACGCUUCUACCAGUGCAUGCGCAUCCUGCAGCGCCUGCGUGAGAUCUAUGCCUCGGCCGACUUCGCCACAUCCUUCCUCGAAGCUGCCAUCCGCAAGGCGGGUAUCCAGCUCACAGUGGCGCCGCAAGACGUGCAGACCUCGCGCGCUUCCCGCAACACCCACGCAGCCAGCAACGACCCCUUCGACCUUCUCUCUCGCCCCCACGCUCUGACACCACCACCGGAUUCCUUGGCCCAGAAAAUUCCCGAUCUCACCUACCCCAAGGUUGGUCCUGCUGCGGGACGGGCAAAGAGCGAUCUUUUCGCUUCCACUCCCCCACACUCGGAUGGCAGCGAAAAUGGCAGCACCAAUAACAUCAACCCCACCUACAAUAAUCACGACGCCUUCGCCAUCCCCGAGUUGAAUUCGGAGCUCAGCCUCACCGAGCUGAUGGACCUGGCCAAUGACGCCGAAGUCACCCAAAACGACUUCGACGCCCUGAUCAACUUCGACGAUGCCGGAAACGAGUUCUUCGCCGACGACGCCGCCCCGCAGGCCGGGCAGGCUGGGGCUCCGUCCACCACCGACAAGGCCUACGACUUUGGCCUCGAUAACGUCAUGGGGUUCGAUACUGAUCCCAAAGCCCUGGACUUUGCGCACCUCGCCGAGCCGCAGGCAUCUGCUGAUCGCAGCCCCACGGGGCCUGAUGCGCUUUCAGCCGAGGCUCAGAUGCGGCCCGAACUGACCGCCGAUCUGGAUACGGAUCUCGGGAUCGACGUAGAUGAAUAA